CUCCAUUUAUUCUCUUUCCCAUAUUAAUCAUCUCUCCACGGUAUAUAUAAACCUUCCCUCUCUCCACUUCCCUCAUCAUUCACUCUCUGGUCUCACUGCCUCAACUCUCUCACAUUAAUAUCUCAAGUGAUUUGCAGGAGAAUUAGGAGAGUGAGGAUCGAAAUGAGCAGGCCAGGAGACUGGACGUGCAGGUCAUGCCAGCAUCUGAAUUUUCAGAGGAGGGACAUGUGUCAGAGAUGUGGAGAUUCCAAGUAUGGAGAUUUUGGGUAUGGAGGAGGAAGAAUGACAACGACGAUGAUGGGGUCUUCAUCAUUUGGGUUUAACAAUACUGCAAGUACUGGUUCUGAUGUUCGUCCCGGUGACUGGUACUGUUCUGCUGGAAGCUGCGGAGCACAUAACUUUGCUAGCCGAUCAAGCUGCUUCAAGUGUGGUGCUUUCAAAGAUGACUUUGCUUCUGCCUUCUCCACCAAUGAUUUCUCUUGUUCUAGACCUUUUGGUGCUGCCUCUUCUAGACCUUCAUGGAAAUCCGGCGACUGGAUUUGCAACAGGUCAGGGUGCAAUGAGCACAAUUUUGCUAGCAGAAUGGAAUGCUUUAAAUGCAGUGCCCCAAGGGACACGUACUAGAAAACGAGAUUAUCCUUAUUUGGGGACUUCAUGGAUUGUCAUCAAGCAAGAGAGAAAGAGAGAGAUGUAGUGGUCAGACUAUUUCUUGAUUUGUUCAGAAGAUAACUUAUGUGAAGCAUGCAAUUGUGAGGACCACUGUGUUAAAGAUGGAAGCUGCAUUUAUCGAUCUCUCAUGGGCUUGGCACAUUUUCUCAGAAUUAUUAUUGCCAACAGCAAUGAAUUAAUGUUGUUUUGAUGCUUUAAUUAAACAAAUUAAUCUUUUUCUUUUUUGUAAUCCUACUACGUAUGGCGUGGUUUUCCUAAAUGAAGAUGGUUAUUCUCUCUUUUCCUUCUAUAA